GCAGAACUAAACGAAAAAUUUCAUACGUUACAUCCGAUUUGUUUUUAAAUUUUUUAAAGUUACUUAAAGUGAAAAUUAAUAAAAGAAAAUGGAAAUGAAAAUAAUAACCGUUUUUAUUUGUAUUGGUUUCUUUGGAUAUUCUAAUUGUUUAUCGCCCGUUCAGGAUUCUUCUAAGGAAGCUACAAUUUUACAGCAGGAUUAUAAUAAACAUGGCAAUGGAAAUUAUAAAUUUCAAUAUCAAACAAGUGAUGGUAUGAGUAGAGAAGAAAAUGCGGAAUUGAAAAAUGAAGGAACCGAUAAUGAAGCUCUCGUAGUUCAAGGUUCAUAUUCUUAUGUCGGUUCGGACGGUGUUACAUACACGAUUAAUUAUGUGGCCGAUGAGAACGGGUACAGACCAACUGGCGAACAUAUUCCGCAACACAACACAAUUGCUCAAUGAACAACAACAAUAUUGAAGGCAGGAUUAAAAUGAGAAAACAACAUUAAUAUUCAAGUUAUGUCAUAUUUUUAAAAAGUAUUUAUUUUAUGUAUAAGUAAUAAU